AAGAACGGAUCCCUAAAUAAAUGUAUUCCAUCACAUCCUUCAAACUGUUCGACUUUUUCUGGAAACAUUUUUUCUUCCCUGGACUGUCUGUGCAACAAUGGAGUUUUGGGGUGUUGAGGUGAAAAGUGGAGAAUCUCUCAAGGUUGAUCCAGGAGACGACAAGAUUAUCCACCUUUCAAAUGCAUGCCUGGGGGAUGUGACUAAGGCUAAAGGAGAAUCGGUGGCCCUGUAUGUGAAGUUUGGUAACCAGAAGCUUGUGCUUGGAACGCUUUCUUCUGAUAAAUUUCCUCAAAUAUCUUAUGAUUUGAUAUUUGAGAAGGAAUUUGAGCUAUCCCAUAGCUGGAAAAAUGGGAGUAUCUUCUUUACCGGAUUUAAAGCUCAAUCUCAGUCGGAGUCGGAUAAUGAUGAAGAUUCUGAAGAUUUUGAUGAAGAUAUUCCAGUUAGUGCUGCCAAUGGGAAACCUGACUUUGAGAUUAAGCAUGGUGUCAAACCUGAUGAAGCUAAACAGAAAAAGACAGCAGAUCCAAAGAAAAAUGAGAAGGCUAAGGAAAAGGAUGCAGAUGGUGAAGAUGAAGAUUCAUCCGAAUCUGAUUCUGACGAUGAUUCAAGUGAAGAUAAGCCCACAACAAAUGGUGACAGAGAAAGUAGUGAAGGUGAUGAGGAUAGCGAUGAAGAGGAUGAGGAUGAUGACGAGGAUGAGGAUGAUGAUGAUGAUGAAUCGGAUGAGGAGACACCCAAGAAGAUUGAAGCAGGCAAGAAGCGGAAUAUUGACUCUGCCAAGAAAACAACUAUCCCUGUGAAGAAGGCAAAAUUUGUUACUCCUCAGAAGACUGAUAGCAAGAAUGUUGUCCAUGUCGCAACGCCUCACCCUUCUAAGCAGGCUGGAAAAGCAAUUGCAGAUAACAAGCGGCAGACUCCGAAGUCAGGGGGAGAUUACAGCUGCAAGCCUUGCAGCAGGUCAUUUAAGACAGAAGAUGCCUUAAACUCUCAUAAUAGGGCGAAGCACAGUGCUAAGUAAAACUUUUCUUUUUGUCAGAACCAUGAGUAUGUUGAUUUUUAUGGCUUUGGAUGAUAAUGAAAAACAAUUUAGUUGAUGUAGAAGAGCUGGUUAAGUUAUGUUCGUUUCCAACUUGGACUAAUCAACCCGAGACUGGAUCUCCAGUUUUAUAUUGUGGGUUUGUGGUUGUUGGCCUUUUGACCUUGAUCCUAUGUGGGGUUCCUUUCCACUUCCUUUAUUGUC